AGAAUAUUCGAUUCACUGAGUAAUCAAAUGAUCGAAAACGCAAACAUCAAAGGGGUUAAUAUUGACCGUUUGCUGUUCUACUUUUAGCGCUAGUCCCUCUUAUAUUAAUAAAAAAUACUCUGAUCCACUUUUAAUUGUAACACAAGUAGAAUUUAUAAACAGCAAACAUGACUAGUGCAUCAGCAGUUCUUGAUGUUGUUGUUGAAAAUAAAGAUAUCUCUUCAAUUCUCAAAGCAAAUAGAGAUAAUGACCAAUCAAGUAUUUGCAGUGGCUCUUUAGAUAACUCAUUCGUGCAAUCGCCUAGUUUUGAAAGCUUCUCCACCAUUCACGAUAUAGAAAAUCUUGCUGAAUUGAACAUGGAUGAAAAUUCCGACCUUUGCGUAAAGAUAGACAACCCACAAAAGCAUUUAGAAACUUUGGAAACAUACAUAACCUUUCGUAUAACAACAAAGGUUGCUCGCAUCGAAUUUCCAGAGAAUGAAUAUUGUGUUAGAAGAAGAUAUAAUGACUUCAUAUGGCUCCGACAGAAAUUAGUAGAACAGCAUCCUUUCUGUAUAGUUCCUCCACUUCCAGGGAAGCAUACCCUGAUGGGGCAACUUGAUAGAUAUUCCAAAGAAUUUAUAUUAUUACGUAUGAAAGCACUUAAUUUAUUCAUGUUUAGGAUCGUUCAACAUCCUAUCUUGAGCUGCAGUCAACAGUUAUUUAGUUUUUUAACAGCUAAACCACAGGAUUUUGUUGCUCAUCGAAAGCAGAAGCAAUUUGAUCCCAAUUCAAGGACCCCAAGUUUGAGCAAUACAUCCCUUAUUGGUGUUAAAAUACGUCACUAUGAAUUUGAUAAAAUGAAAAGUUAUCUAAAUGCUUUAUCUGACAAAUUGAACUGCGUAGAAAAAAUAUCUAACAGAAUCAUAAGAGAGAGGGCUGAAUUUAUAACAGAACUGAAUAGUUUUCAUCCAAUAUUCACUACUUGGGCUACUAGUGAGCCGGAGUUGGCAAUUAUUCUGCAAGGUAUUGGUCAUGCGCUUGAAAGAAUGUCUUCGUCACAGAAUAUUCUGGUUCAAAAUUACAAUAACACCAUGGCAAAUCCGAUGAAAGACUUCUUAAGUUACAUCGACGUUGUUCAAGACACAAUGAAAAGGAGGGAAACUCACCAACAGGCAUAUGAAAAUGCCAUCGAAGAAUUGAAUAAAAAGCACAAUCAAAAAGACAAACUUGUCGCAAUAUCCCAAAACCAAGAUAAUCCAAGUUUCCAAUUAUGGAAACAGAAAAAUUAUGAUGAACAGUUGGAAAAACUUGGUACAUAUAUUCCUCAACUAAUGAAGAAAGUGGAAGCCAACCAGGAUUUCCUUGAAUGCGCAAAUGAGAGUUUACGGAGUGACUUAGAACGAUGGCAGCUAGAAAAACAAGAGUGUAUCAAAAAAAUCCUUUUGGAUUUCGUGAAUAAACAAAUCGAAUACGAACAAUCUCAAGUUAAUGCUUGGGAACAAAUCACUAAUGAAAUCACCGCUAGCUUUACGAUUAAUAAUAAUUCCAACUGAUAACAUAUUUUUUUUUACAUUGUUACAGUAUUUUAAAUUUUUUUGCAUUUAUAUUUUGUUGAUACAUUUAUUGUCUAUUUGUGUUGAAUGAAAUAAAUUAUUUAUAUCGUC